CCACGCUUGGGCCGCCUCUUCUGUUCGCCCUUGACGACGCACUGCACUCGCCGAGCUCUCAGUACCUGUGCCCGGCCAGUGUCCUCCUUCUCCCACUUUGCGCAUAGCCUGUGCGUGAGCUCGGCGUCGCCUUUCCACUCGGCGCUGCGAGAUCGGUCUCUCGCUUACGCUGAGCCGUCACGCUGCACUCCGGCCGCCCUUUUGUUCGUACCUACGCCCCAUCGAAUCGGAGCGACAUCAUAGAGCCUAGGGAGCAGCAUUCGUGCCCUUUGGGCCUUCCUCGACACGAUUCUAGAUCCCUAGAGAUCCUGUCCCAGUAGGCACGAGAGCGUCAUGGCCUCGAGUCAGACAGGUGCCAUGCCGGAGACAGCCGGAGGCACAAGAGCAGGGGAGGACACAGGGGUUGGGCACGAGGCGUCGUCAUCAUCAUCACCAUCGACCUCAGCGGGCAAGAAUAGCGUCAUCGUGAAGGUGGGCCUGAUCGGCGAUGCACAGUGCGGGAAGACGAGCCUGAUGGUCCGCUACGUCGAGGGUUCUUUCAACGAGGACUAUAUCCAGACGCUCGGAGUCAACUUUAUGGAAAAGACAAUUUCGAUUCGCAACACUGAGAUCACAUUCAGCAUCUGGGACCUGGGCGGGCAGAGGGAGUUUGUCAACAUGCUUCCCCUGGUCUGCAACGAUGCCGUGGCGAUCCUCUUCAUGUUUGACCUUUCAAGGAAGAGCACGCUCAAUUCCAUCAAGGAAUGGUACAGGCAGGCGAGAGGAUUCAACAAGACGGCUAUUCCUUUCCUUGUAGGAACAAAGUACGAUACCUUUGCCAUGUUCGCAAAGGAGGAGCAAGAAGAGAUCACAAAGCAGGCCCGGAGAUUUGCACGCGCAAUGAAGGCCCCGCUCAUCUUCUGCUCGACGUCGCACGCCAUCAACGUGCAAAAGAUCUUCAAGAUCAUCCUCUCCAAGGCCUUUGACCUCAAAUGCACAAUCCCAGAGAUCAAGGCCGUCGGCGAGCCGCUCCUCAUCUACGUGGACGUCUGAACGUUUUGUAUUCUCACACACACUCCUUUUAAUUCUCGUCUUUGUAUACCUCUCCUCUUCUCACUCUCAUUCACGAAAUACAGAGCUGCGAAAGCAAUCACAU